AUGAAUUUACCUUUCAGUACCCCAGAUUUGGAGGAUGGGUUUGCAGCCUCGACCCCCUUAAAGAACCAACCUCCUUUUGCAGGACCAUCAAGUUUUAGCUGGAAUCAAGAACCUAUUGGACCACCGCCGAAAGGAAAAGGAAAGGCCUCUGCAACACAAUUACGAGACCCAGAUGAUGAGUUAUCUGACGAUGAAAACAUCACUCCUCAAAAAUACGGCAAUCAACAAGUACCCCCUCUGUCAGGCUAUGGAAUGCACAGUACCCAAAACAAGGGGGAAGACGUCUUUUCUCGACACAAUCAACAAAUACCGCAACAAAACAUACCUCAACAGCCCGUAUAUCCACAACCAGCUUACCAUGCGUCACCUAAAAUCAUUAAAGAACCUGGCCUCUUCUACGAUGGGGAAAAUUUUUCAAAGUUUCUACGACAAUUUGAAAGAGCGGCACAGGCAUUCCAAGCAUCAGACUACGAGAAGGCCCUUCAAAUAGGCCGCUUCAUGAAAACAGAAGAACUCAGAGAUCAAAUAGAAGCCAUGGACGGAUAUAUAGCAUACGAUUGGCCCAAGUUAAGAAAAGAAAUGAUUGACACCUGGGGCGGUUUGGAUAACACGAUUUUAUAUACGACCAACAAUCUAGUCAAAGUUACCGAAGAAGUAGCCGCAAAAGGAGGCAUCAAGACCAGUCGCGAGCUAACGGCCUAUGUAACCAAAUACACCUCUAUUAUGAAGUACCUGAUCACCAAUGGGCACAUUCACAAGGAGGAAGACACCUCAAUUCUGUUCAUGAAAGCAUUUUCAAAAGAAAUCAAAGUUGCAGAAAUGGAAGUCAGAAUUGUGCAACCUGGAUACCUGGACGUCACCAACACCAAUUUUUCAGAAGCAAAUCAGUUAAUGCAGAAGAGAUUGGAUGCCCAGAAAGGUGACAGUCAACGACGGAACCAAAUGAUAGCCGAAACUCCGAGUGAAAAAACCAUGGUCGACAAGAACAUAGAAGACAUGGCAAAGGAAAUUGCUUCGUUAAAACAACAACUAAAGAGUGUUUUGUCGGUAGCCUACAACCAGCCUAGUCAUCUGGAACAAACCGAAUUCUUGAGGGGAAAUGCCAGGCCCUCAACACCUUUGUAUGAAAGUCAGAUAUGUUUUUACUGUAGAAGAGAAGGCCACGUCACACACCGAUGCCCGGAACUACAGAAAGACGAAAGCGAGGGACUAGUACAGCGAAGUGGGAAAGACUGGUAUCUACCUAAUGGACAACAUAUACCAUGGGUUCCAUCUAGACCUAUACAAUCCGUAGUGGCCACAGCCUCGGCAGACCCAGCGAUACAGGAAGCUGCCAAGCGACUUGUGGAACAGAGAAAAGCAGGGCAGGUACCCACGGGAAUGGAUUCAGCCAUGAAGACCUCAAUGCAAAUAAUAGACUGGGACCCUCCGGAACUUGGGGCUGAUAAUUUCCUAAAGAACCAUGCAGUCACACGAUCAGACGCUCAGAGAGGAAGGAGGACCGUUCGAAUCCAGGAACCUGAAGACAAUUUGAUGAACGUUGAUCAGGAAGAAGACAUUGCCAAUCUAGACCAAGAAGCUACAAUAAUGCCACCCAAAAAAUUCUGGGGAAAGGAAAAGGCAAAAUCCAAGUCAAACUCAGUUUUGCCAGAGGCAGCCCUGCUACAAGAUUUAGAUCAUUUAAAAAUCCCUACGACAUUUGCGCAACUUACAACACUGUCACCUUUAUACACGGAGCAGAUCAUUGCCAAACUUCAACAACGACUGCCGGGCAAAAGCAGUGCUACCUAUAUGACCUCAGAAGAACAUAAGGUGGCGGCAGCUAUGACGACUCAGGCAGACAAGAAUGAACCUACCGAUCCGUGCUACUAUAGCUGCGCCCUGGGAUAUGUGACCGCCAAAAUAGGGGGAGCCAAAAUCGAUUGCAUGAUAGAUUCUGGAUCCAUGGUGAAUGUCAUUCCUUACUCUGUGGCCGAAGAUUUGGAUUUAGAAAUAGUCCAGGUAGACAUACCCAUGAAAGGCGUAGGCGGAGCAAGAUGCGACCUGAAUGGUGUAGCCGAAAACUGCCCUGUUGGGAUUGGACAAUUCUCGGGCCCGGCUCAUCUGAACCAAGGGGAGGAGGGUUUCUGUGCCUUUAGCUAA